GAAAAAAUGUCUAUGCCUAAUGACACCCAGUUCCAUCCUUCUUCAUUCCUUUUGUUGGGCAUCCCCGGGCUGGAAGACAUGCACAUCUGGAUUGGGUUUCCCUUUUUCUUUGUGUAUCUUGUUGCACUCCUGGGGAACACUGCUGUCCUAUUUGUGAUCCAGACUGAGCAUAGUCUCCACCAGCCCAUGUACUACUUCCUGGCCAUAUUGGACUCCGUUGACCUGGGUUUAUCCACGGCCACCAUUCCCAAAAUGCUGGGCAUAUUCUGGUUCAGCCUCAAAGAUAUAUCCUUUGGAAGCUGCCUUUCCCAGAUGUUCUUUAUCCACUUCUUCACUGCCAUGGAGAGCAUUGUGUUGGUGGGCAUGGCCUUUGACCGGUACAUUGCCAUUUGUAAACCCCUUCAGUACACCACGAUUCUCACCAGCAAAAUCAUUGGCGUUAUUGCAGGCAUUGCUAUUCUGCGGAGCCUGUGCAUGGUGGCUCCACUGAUAUUUCUUCUUCUGAGACUACCCUUCUGUGGGCACCAUAUCAUCCCUCAUACCUACUGUGAGCACAUGAGCAUUGCCCGUCUGGCCUGUGCUAGCAUCAAAGUCAACAUAUUAUUUGGUCUUGGGGAUAUGGCUAUCUUAUUAUUGGAUGUACUUCUUAUCAUUCUUUCCUAUAUCAGGAUCCUCCAUACUGUCUUCCACCUGCCUUCCUGGGAAGCCCGGUUCAAAGCUCUCAAUACCUGUGGCUCCCACAUUGGUGUUAUCUUAACCUUUUUCACACCAGCAUUUUUCUCUUUCUUAACACACCGUUUUGGCCACAACAUUCCUCAGUUUAUCCAUAUCCUUUUAGCCAAUCUAUAUGUGAUUGUUCCACCAGCCCUUAAUCCUGUAAUCUAUGGAAUCAGGACUAAGCAAAUUAGGGAACGAGUUUUGAGGAACUUUUUUUUUUUUUUAAAAAAGGUUAACCAUCAAUCGCCUUAG